UUUAGCAUUCUGGAUGAAUUUAUCAUUAAGAAAAUCAUAAACCACGAAAGCAAACUACAAAUAGAACGUUCCUUCUCGCAGCCUUAACGGAUUUUGUUAAUCGGUUAGUUGCACGUUGCCUUUGCUCAUUAUGCGUAGAAUCGGUUUAGGUUGUAUCUCUGCCCAAUUAUAGUACGGUGACACGGUCGCAAUGCCUACCAACGGGGACGAAUGAUUCUGGCAUGGCAUGAGUAUGUAAUUUGUGCAGAGAAUCGCACGGUGGCUGAACUUCUCUAUCCCAUGAUGGGUGCACCUGUGUUAGAGACCGUUUGGAUAUGGUUUUUCCUAUGUUGGAAUCUUUUGUGUGCAGAGGUUUAUGCUGUUGGUGCAGGUUGGUCAUUUUCCAUACACAAAAAAAAAACCAAUGCUGCACCUACAAAUGUGUGUGAAGCGGAAUGAUUAUUUUUACUCAGUUUUCAUCACUAGGGAUUUAAUUGAAAAUUCCAGUACGUAUUUUUUCCCCCCUCCUUUCCAUUGUGUCCAAUGAUACGCCAGUGUGUGCCGGGCUCGAGGGAAAGAGAUUAGCUUUUUUUUUGUGUGUUGUAUUUCCAUUCUGGUCGGAAAUUCUAUGUGAUUUCAAGCGUUGAAUCUAGCGCGUCGUGGUAGUUGUAUACAAGCGCAAUCGGAAGUUAGACACACGCUAUGCUUUUGUUAAAUGCAAAAAAACCAUCUCAUUUCAGUCGUGUCGUAACUUUAUACGUAUUCGGACGUGUUACCUGUUAGUUUGUAAACCCACCCCUAUGAACAUUACAUAGUCGAUGAUCAGCAUAUAAAGAAAAUGGCAGAGCUGAAUAGAGCGAAAUGGAAAUGUAUCGUCACUGUCGGCGUGCUGUUGAUUUGUGCUUGUGAAGGAAAAAGUACCCCAGACGACAUACAACAGUUGGAUGAAGGGUUCAAGCUGGAACCAUCAGUAUAUGAUGCCGUUGAUACACAACUUACCGAUGAAGCCCUACAACCAUUUAUGGUGCGUAAAAUAAGAGACAAGAGACACAUCAAACAUCAAAUACUGGAGUCUACCGGGUUGAUCAGUCACUUCCGGUCCAGUGAUCAAACACCACCGAAACGUGCAAAACGUCACACAGAAACUACAAACGCGUCCACAGAAAAACAGCCCGCACUAGAAGAUGUCGCUGUAGCGGAAAAACAAACCAUGAAUGCACCACACAAAUCGUCCGAAUUUCAAGCAAAAAUAGUACGCGAAGAGAGUGACUCGGACGGGGAGGAAUCAAUGUUCAUCCAGGAAGGGAUAAAAUCACGCGCUCCAAGAGUGAACUUUGUCACCCAGCAAACGAAGGGUAGUGGAUCGUCAUCAGGAUCGUCUGAAUCUCGUGACACGGUGAACGAUAAGCUGAUCAGAGAGUUGUACCGUAAGCCGGUGACGAGCAUGAACUAUGCCCGCUCGUUACCGCGUACGUACGAUUCGUACAUGGCCACCUCACAAUCACCGAUGUAUCCACGUGUGUACAAUAAGUACGAUUCGUUUCAUCACGAUAUGAUGAAUCGUAUGCAUCCGCCGGCACCGCAUCGGUACGAUCAUUACUACGAACGUCGGCAUGAUGUGGAAAGUGAUCCAUAUUUCCCACGGUACAAAUAUCCUUACUAUUACUACUAUCCGGACAGACGGUAUGAUGUGCCGCUGUACUAUCGCGAUCGUAACUAUCUGUACACGAACGAGAUCGAACAACCGUCGCAUGGUUUUCCCGCGUACAACGUGCCGUUACAGCCGGCUAUGAUGCGACCUGCCGCACCUGCGAUGCGCAAUCGUCGAAUUAUUUAUUUUGCCACCCUGCCCGAAAUUGUCCGUACACCUGUGAAGGAACCGUACAAUCAACGGCUGUACCAGGGUAAUCGGUACGAUCCUUACAACGCGAGACUGCCACAAACGGCGAGCACGUACAAAGAUGCUUCUCGGCCGCAGAAAAACGAUGGUAAAGGUGACAAGUACGUAAGUUCGAAACCGAUAAAAAUUGUACGCGAAACCAAUGGAGCGGCAGCUAAAGCGUAUCACCAUCGAGAUAUACCCGAGGAGAAGAAUGAGCAGCAAAGAAGCUGGAGUACUAUCAAGGAACCGAACCGAUCACCGUUCGCCCAGAGAAAUCCUUUCCUUGAGAUGAGGGGCUUAUUUUUACAAAAAUAAAUUCUAAUCUUUCUGUUUCUGUUUUUUUUUUGCUAAGAAAAGGUUGCACCACCAGGUUGUGUAUGAUUAGUUGUUUAUGUUUCUUCUUUAAGGGAACUUUAAGGAAGGAUGUUUCUAUUUGCUUUGUAUACGAUGGUACGUAGUGUUAUUUAUUUUCUGUCCAUUUCUUUCUGUAACUUUACUUAAAGCGAGAAUAAAUCACAAAGUAAGCUUAA